AUGUUUACGUCUCCUGCACCUGCGGCACUGACCGGUUCUGUUCCCUUGGCAGCCUCACCUCCAUCCAUCUCUGCCUCCGCUUCCACAUUCCAUCAAACGGGCUCGACCUCCAGGACAAGGAGGGGCCUGAGUUAUCUCCGCAACUACACCCAUCAGCACCUGCUCUCGAGGGAUCACAGCAGCUCCUCCCAACCCGCAAAUACCACAACAGACUCUUCCUCCCGGCCACGGCCCGGCCUCACGCGAUCGACCUCUCACACUCCUAGGACCUCGAAUACGACCUCCAACUCCUUGACCGCCGACGACCCUUCGACCGCUUCGCGCCGUUUCACGCUAGUGCCUGCUUUGUCCCACCCCUUAGGCCCAUCGUCGAGGUCCACUCCCGACGAUCUAGAAGAGGCCGACGAGCCCGCUGCCGUGCAAUCCAACCUCAUAGGGGCGCCUCAUCCGGGGACCGCCGUCACUACAUCAGCAGAGCCAGACUCACAGGCCAGUCGCAGCAUGACGCGGUCCAGAUCCGCGACUACAGGCACUGCAAUGGCUGCUUCCACCAACGACACCGCCGAGAAUGGCAACCCCGGCGGCGUUCUACCCUCAAUUCGCUUCUCCGUCUUCGUCGACCCUAGGAGCCAGCGACCGUCCCUGCACUUCUCACCGAUAGCCCGUACGCUGCCGAGCGGAUCUGAGAUCAUUCGUGUCGGUCGUUAUUCCGAGCGAGACAGUCAGCCAGCCGUUCCAGCGAACGUCCCGUCGGCCGCACCGGUCGGCUUCAAGUCGAAGGUCGAAUCUAAGCCUUUCCCGGUCAAUGAUGGGGAUGUGGUGCAGCUGGGAAUCGACUUCAAGGGAGGCGAGGAGAUGAUUUUCCGCUGCGUAAAGAUGCGGCUGGAGUUGAAUCGCGGCUGGCAGAACAAGCUGAACAAGUUCAAUAUGAACUCGCACAAGCGCCUGUGGAAUAUGACCAAAACUGAAGGCGCAGGUGGGCAGAAUUAUUCCCAGGACUGUUCUAUUUGUUUGAACUCGAUCGCUCCUUGCCAGUGUCUUUUCGUGGCGCCGUGCUCCCACACGUGGCACUUUAAAUGCAUUCGUAGCCUCUUAUCAUCACCACACUAUCCCAUCUUCAUUUGCCCGAACUGCCGCGCGGCUGCGGACUUGGAGGCUGAGGUGGAGGAUCCUGAAGACUGGGAACAGCUGGAGGACGAGGCAGACGGCCAGGAUGCGGAAGAUCCGGAAGGCAGCCGUUCGAAGGGACCUCGUCUGGAUCCCGCUCCUGUGGACGUGCCCAGGCAAUCCGUGGACAGGAUAAGGACGUCGCUGGAGCGCGCGAGGGCGACUGCCGCUGAACGAGCAAGGACCUCGAUCGAACGUUCACGGUCGCGAACGAAUAUCCCGGCAGCAAAUGCACCGGCAACCGAGACCCCGGAAGCCGCGAUGACGAACGCCGACAAUGCUGCCUCCGCUGAGGCAGCUAUGAGCGACGGUGGGGCCAGCACGCCCUCAACGACGGCGUCUCGGCCCGGCGGCGAGGGGUCGCACGCAACCUCUGACCCGGUCCCCUAUUAA